AUGUACCGUAGUCUCCGUCUCUCGUCCGGUUCCGGGCCGUUCCGCUUCGGUAGACGUCCGCCCGACGACGGCAAUAAGCAGGGCCAUCUGCUCCAGGACACUUGCGCCUCGCCCGACGACGGCAAUAAGCAGGGCCAUCUGCUCCAGGUCACAACAAACCUAUCUCUGCUCCAGGUCACAACAAAUCCGUUCCACACCCACAUCAAGGACAGGGCACUCGAUAAUCUUCAGCAACGCUCUUUGGCGCGGCGCCUCGUCCCGACAACGACGCUCUUUGACGCGGGGCCUCGUCGCGACGACGCCGACGCUGUGGCGCCUUGCACGACGACGCCGACGCCGGUCUUGGGUGCGGGGACCUUGCCAAACCCCGUCUUGACAGUAGCACCACCGACUGCCUCGGCCGACGAUGGCGACGAGGCAGAUACUGAUGUCGAAGACGACAUCGACGCAGCACUCGACGACCCUCCUCUGCCAUGUCCGUUCGCGUCCUUGGACGUGUACGUUUGUAUCACACCAUCUCGCAAUGCAAAUCUCGGCUUGUCGCAAUCACAGACUGUGCCCGUCGCCAUCACACAAAAGUACUGA